AUGAUGCCUAGCCAUAGACUGCAAGGCUGCCGCUCCCUGCACCUGAACGAGGACAACGGGCGCUUCGUGCUGCUCGCCGUCCUCAUCAUCGUGUACCUGCUGUGCGGCGCUGCGGUCUUCUCUGCCAUCGAGAGGCCCUCGGAGCUGCGGGCUCACGGCCGCUGGAACGGGACGCUCCACAACUUCAGCGAGACCUUCAACAUCAGCCUGCAGGAGCUCAACUCCUUCCUGCGGGAGUACGAGGCUGCCAUCGCCGCCGGGAUACGGGCUGACGCUCUGAGGCCACGAUGGGAUUUUACUGGAGCUUUUUAUUUUGUUGGGACUGUGGUGUCGACUAUAGGUUUCGGGAUGACGACACCUGUGACAGUUGCAGGCAAGGUGUUCCUAAUCUUUUACGGGCUUCUUGGCUGUGCCGCCACCAUCCUUUUCUUCAACCUCUUCUUGGAGCGAAUCAUCACGCUGCUGGCCGUGGUGAUGAAGGCUGUGAGAGAGCGAAGAAUCAUUAACAGCGGUUUACUUCCACCGGGGAUCCGCCAUGACUUCUCAGCGUACUCCCUCCCAGGCUGGAAGCCGUCUGUGUACCACGUGAUGCUGAUCCUCGGCCUGUCAGCCAUCACCAUCUCCUGCUGUGCAUCAGCCAUGUACACCCCCGUGGAGGGCUGGGCCUACUUAGACUCUCUUUACUUCUGCUUUGUCACCUUCAGCACCAUCGGCUUUGGAGACUACGUGAGCAGCCAGAGCGCGGCGUAUGAAUAUCAAAGCCUCUACAGGGUGGCUAACUUCCUCUUCAUGCUGACAGGCGUCUGCUGCAUCUACUCGCUCUUCAAUGUCAUCUCCAUCGUCAUCAAGCAGGUGCUCAACUGGAUGCUGGAGAAAAUGAGCUGCUUGUUUUGCCAGCGCUGUAAUAAGGCCAACGUCCUUCUGGGGAGACGUAACGCCAUCCGCCCGGGCUCUAAGGGUCGUCAGGCCCGUUUUGGCCCGUCGCCUGACUCAGAUGGACCCUGUGAUAGUGACACUGAGGGACGCAGACUAUCUGGGGAGAUGAUCUCAAUGAAAGACUUGGCAGCCUCCAAUAAGGUGUCGCUGGCCAUCAUGCAGAAGCAGCUAUCUGAGUCGGCUAAUGGAUAUCCCAGGACAGUCUGCGGCAGCUCACGCCAUAAUGGGUUCUCUGGGGGGGUUGGCGCCCUUGGUAUUAUGAACAACAGACUGGCAGAGACGAGUAACUCCAGGUAGACCCAGUGAGACGUAAAUCAGAGGACGAGAGCUCUUUAUACUCAUACUGUGUAACAAACUCUGGAAGUUGAUUGAAAAAACACGAAGAGGAUUGCCAAUGAAACUUGUUAUGCAUGAUGCGUGUGAUUAUUUUGGAUACUUUGGUUGGAAUUACAAGCCUGAUGAUAAGAAAACAGGUAAUGAUGGUGAUGGUUGUAGCACUGAUUUGAUGAUGGCAUGACGAGAGAACCACAGAGUCAACUAAAAUCUCAGUUGACCAGGAAGUAGGGCUGCCCCAUUACUCCUGUCAAAAUGACAUAAUAGGCCAAGUUUUUAUCAGUCAGAUAGCCAAGGAAUGAAAGACCACACAUUUUUUCCAAGAGCCAAUGCCUAUCAUUCUUCACUACUCUGCCUGUUGGCAUUUUUGAACCAGGUUAAAGCCAACAGAUUCAGCCAAAAGAAGCUGGUAGUCUCCAAAAAUGCUGGACCAAAGCAGGGAUGAGGAUAAUUACUGACCCAUAUCAAUACUCCUUAACAAUUCAAGUUCCUAUUUUACCAACAUCCACAUUUUUCUUUUUUAAGGAAGUUUUUUUUACUUUACUAGUUCUUUUUACUUUUUAUAUCAUUAAUGCCAAGUCCUAACAGCAUGCAAUCAUCAGUUAAUACAGCACAUUCAGAAAUGAUCCAGGCCCUCUUCACUUUUGUUAAUUUUGUUAUGUUGCAGCCUGAUGCAUUUAAAUUCAUUUUAACCUCAUUAAUCUACACUCAGUAUCCUAUCAUGACAAAGUGCAGUCAGAGUUUUUGAAUUUUUUUGCAAACUUAGUA